AUGAUCAACUACUGCACAAAAAUUACUGCUAUUAUGCCCGUCUCGUUGGCCACGUACGGUUGCGACCAAUCAGCCGCAUUAUGCAAGAUUAAUGGCUGCUACGACAACCAAAACGGCGGGUUGACGUGCUGCUGCAGUACUGACCUCUGUAAUGCCUCGAAUCGUUACCUACAUGGAUCUCUUCUCAUCGUCUUCUCAAUUUUAUACCUCUCAUUU